CCGUCGCGCUCAUAUCCCUCACCGAUCUUCUCGCCGCCCACCGCGCCCCACGACGACGGCAACCGCCCACCGCCAUCCCCUCCCCGCCAUGGCCCAAGGAUCGCGCGUCUCCCCCGACACCCUCAGCGUCAACGACGCGCUGCGCUACCUCGACCAAGUCCGGUCCGCGCUGUACGACCAGCCCGACGUGCACCAGCGGUUCCUCAUGAUCUUCAAGGACUUCCGAGACGCCGUCAUCAGCACGAGCACCUGCAUGACCCGCAUGGGCGAGCUCUUCAUCACCUCCGGCCACCCGGAGCUCAUCGACGGCUUCAACACCUUCCUCCCCUCCGGCUACGCCGUCCAACAGCCGACGAGCCCCAUCGCACGCGAGGUACGCGUGACGACACCUCACGGGCCCAUCAUCUCCACCCUCGGUCCAUGAGAGAGAAGAAAGUCAUCAUCAUCAUCAUCAUCACACACCCAUCGAGCGCCGAGCAAGAGGAACCUUUCCACCCUUGCCUCUCUCCGUCAAAUCAUUCUGCACAUUUGUACCAGCCCAAACCACAAUCACGCCUCCGCCCUCGCAUCUCUCUAUCCUCGGAAAAGAAAGCCUGUCGACGACCCCCCCUCCCUCUCUCCCUCUCGCCGUCCCAUUUCGGUAACCCUGGCGCCGGGCCGUGGGCCAGAGAUAACGCAGCUUGACACUUAUCAUAGCACGAUAGCCCCCUCUACAUGACCGGCCGACGGCGGCUCUGCGCGCGAGGAACGAAACCAACAACGGGCCGGAUCAGCCGCAUCCCGUCGGAUAACCCCCCCUUCUCUUUAACGCAGAGCCGCGAAAUGUGAUAUGAGCGAACCCAACCAGC